AAUAUGUACAAUAGCAUGGCGGCAAUUAGAAAUGAAAAGGUUUAUACCAUCAUUAUACAAGGACAAUUGAAAACAUUCCAAUUACAUAUUUUCAAUGCUAUGGAAAGUAAAAUGAUGAAAGUGUGAUGAUGCGUUUGUUUAUAAUUUCCAAAAUAUAUGUAAAUUCUGUAAAAAUUUAACCGGUAUUGAGAAGCAAUGGAAGUCGAUCUUCACUCAAGAACGAGAGCACAUACAUAAGUGGUAUGAAACAUUUCGAGAGCCGUGAGGCUGUGAAUAAAAGAAGAGCCAUCUAUUUAACGGGGAUUGAAACGCACCGGGACGCACUCGCACAUCGACUGUACGUUAGGCUGCUUCGGCAGGCUCCCAAAACCAGAAACCAAUGCACGAUAUUCAUUAAUGUUGAGAAUGUUGCACUCGCUCUCUGUUCUAGCAAAACGACGAAUAGUGAAAGAGAAAAUGCCAGGAAAGUGUGCCGAACUGUCAAAACGAUAAGUGACAAGCAAGCGGCAUUGCAAGUGAAGUCUCCAGCGGGUAGUCAGCUUUCAUUUAUGGUUAAGAAUCCAAGCCGGAUAGUAAAAGUUUUAUUUACACUAACUGUAACGUAUGCAAGACUUUUGAUUUAUUUUCACGAAGAAAAGCUUGUAUUUAUAAAAUGAACUUGUUGCACGUGUGCUUAAAUACUAUGCAUUCGAUAUUCUUGCCCCAAACAAAUUAACCAAACUCCUGAGCUCUUAUUUUUUCCAGGAAGUACAAUUGCAGGGAACUUGUUCCAGCGCAUGCGCCCAAAAAGGCACACUCUCGGAGAAGGGAAUAAAGGCUUCGCAAAAGUAAACACACAAACUGUCAAAAAAUAUUUAGCGCCAUAGAACAAUUGUUUCAUUUCCUUUUAGAGGAAGCGCAGCAUUUGUAUAAAAGUACCGGCUCACCGCAUGACGUAGCAGGUGUGAACGGAGAAUGCGUAUAAAUAUUGGCAUAAUUUCAAUUUAGGAUUUUAAUGUCAAGCUAAGCACAGAGUGUGGUGGCAAAAAGAAGUGGGUUGACGGAAGUGGUGGUUGCUCCAAUAGCCCACAAUGGCCGUUGGAAUUGGUGAACGUAAAACGCACGUGUCACCGUUAAGCUGUCAUAAAGAUUUCUACAUGUAAUUGGU